GUUAAUUUUUGUCUGUAAAAAUUUAAUUAAAAUGUCAAAAAUUGCUGAUGGAAAUUAUACUACAGUUAUUUACACAUUGAUCAAAGAAAAACAGUAUAAUGAUGUUAUUGAAAUCAUUAGCAACAUGUCUGAUAACAAUAGAAAUACGAGGCCUGGCUUAUCUUUAUUAGCCUACUGCUACUAUUAUACAGAUGACUUCCAAAACGCAUCAACUAUAUAUGAACAGCUAGCCGCAUUAUGGCCACAAGAGACUGAUUAUAAGCUACAACAUGCUCAAUCACUUUACUCUGCUGGACGAUAUGAAGAUGCUCUGAGAGCAGCGAACGGAAUUACUACAAGUGGUUAUGAAAAUAAAGUUCGAAAACUAACUGCUGCAAUUAGAUAUGGCAUGGAAGACAUAGCGGGUGCCCGGUCUUUGUUGGAAACCAAUUCUGGGCUUAAUGAUGAUCCGGACACAGACAUCAACUAUGGAUGCCUUCUCUACAAGGAGAGCCGGUAUGAAGAAGCAUUACAGAAAUUUUUAAAUGCACAAACAAUGCUUGGCUACAGGCCCCAUUUGUCAUACAGUGUUGCGCUGUGCUAUUACAAGCUAAAGGAUUUCACCUCAUCACUGAAACACAUAGGUGAUAUUAUCGAUAGAGGUAUAAGAGAACACCCUGAACUGGGGAUUGGCAUGACAACUGAAGGAAUUGAAGUUCGUAGUGUCGGUAACACUCUGACACUUCAUGAAUCAGCCUUGGUUGAAGCAUUCAAUUUGAAAGCUGCAAUCCAGUUUGAAAAGAACGACAUUGAUAGUGCAAGGGAAGCAAUGACGGACAUGCCACCAAGAUGGGAAGAAGAAUUGGACUCUGUCACAUUGCAUAACCAGGCAUUGUGUUCGAUGGACAUGUCGCCUACACAAGGGUUUCAUAAACUACAAUUCCUCAUGCAGCAGUCAACUUAUCCACAAGAAACGUUACAAAAUCUAUUGAUUUUAUACUGCAAACAUGGAUACCAUGAUUUGGCUUCUGACGUCAUUUCAACAUAUUCACCAGUCAAGGAUAAAUAUCUAUCGAAUUACAUACGGGAAUUUGUGGAUGCUGUUAUCGCACAACAAUCUUCACCCGAUGAAGCAUAUCGCAAACUUGACAAUAUGGCUAAUAAAUUAGUUGAUUCUUUGCGUAAAGCCACACGAUCCGUACAAGAGUCAAGAGAAGCCAGAGAUGAUAAAAGAGCUAAGAGUGCUUUACUUGAUUAUGAAAACACUCUUGAAAAAUUUAUACCAGUCACGAUGGCCCAAGCAAAAAUCUACUGGGAUCUAGAAAACUAUGCUCAAGCAGAAACAAUAUUUUAUAAGUCCGUUGAAUUCUGUAAUGAAAAUGAUACAUGGCGAUUGCAUGUAGCUCAUGUUUUAUUUAUGCAAGAAAAAUUCAAAGAAGCAAUUGCAUUUUAUGAACCAAUUGUAAAAAAAAAUUACAACAAUAUUCUGUCAGUGAGUGCCAUUGUAUUAGCCAACCUAUGUGUGUCUCAUAUAAUGACUGCACAAAACGAAGAAGCUGAAGAGUUAAUGAGAAAAAUUGAAAAGGAAGAAGAGCGACUAUAUUAUCAAGAGCCCGAAAAAAAAGUUUUUCACCUUUGUAUAGUCAAUCUAGUUAUUGGAACCUUAUACUGUUCAAAAGGAAAUUAUGAAUUUGGGAUUUCAAGAGUUAUUAAAAGUUUAGAACCUUAUAAUAAAAAGCUGGGAAUGGACACAUGGUUUUAUGCUAAACGAUGUAUGUUGUCAUUGAUUGAAAACAUGACAAAACACAUAAUCGUCAUGAGAGAUUCAUUUUACAAUGAAUGUUUAGUGUUUCUUAACCAAUGUGAAUUUCACGGCAAGGAGGUGGCAACAAUGCCCGAUGAAGAGGAAUCAACUGGCAAAAAAGAGUUGAACAAUGUGACCUGUGAAGCUAGGCUUUUGAAAUCACUUAUACUUCGUCAAUUAGAGUAUUAAGAUGUUACUGCAUAAUACUAUGAUAUAUUUGAGACCUAUCGGUACAGUAUCAUAUACACAAUCAUUAUUAGGGUUAGGAUUUAUAUGCAUCAUCAUGUUUUAUUUUGUAACUUCUAAUCACUGCCUUUGUUUAUAAUGUCUAUAAAUAGUUUCACAUUGAAGCAAAAUGUGGUUAUUUUAUUUUGCAUAUUUUGAAUGAAAUACAUAUUAUUGCAUAAUAUUUCAACUAUAUUCUGUCUCAUGAAAGAAGGAACUCGUAACUGAUGGCGUUGAAUGACCUGGGGCACUAUUUCCCUCACUCAAACAUUCUGGACGGUAACAUUGUAUAGCACUUAAACCACAAACUAUGUUUGAUUGAGGGUAAUAGUGCCAAGGACGUUCAAUACCAUUAGUUACAUCCCGAACCAGGUUGCUUCUCUGUGGGACGGAGUAUAAAAAAACAUGUAAAAAACAUAAUAUGGUAUAUUUUAGCAGUAGUUGUUGGAGAGAGAAAAAAAUAGAAUAUUAUUCAUUCAACAAAUACCCAAGUAUUUAAUUUACUGGGUAGGGAAUAAGAAUAGUAAUUUAAUUUAUAUCUCAUAUUAAUUUUCAUAUACUGCAACAGUAGCUUACAUUUAAUAUUUAAGAUUAUUUUACAACUUUGCUACUUACAGUAAAAUUAGUGUAUGUUUUGACAUCUAGUCGUUGUCAAGUAUUGUAAGUGCAUUGUGCAUAAGUGUUGUUUGUGAUUCAAAUUUAUUUUGCAUUUAGUCACUCAAAAUGCCUAAAGACAAAAAUACUAACUAUCAGUCCUAAACGACAUUAUGUGAAAGAAUUUUUUGAUAUAGUUUAUUUUAAGACUAAUUGAAAAACACUAUUUUAUAGUAUUUGUGACCAAGCUUUGCACUAAAGUGUCAUAUAUUUUUUCGUAUUUUUAGUUGCAUAUUUUUAAUAUACCAAAUGCAUAUUUUAUUUUUUAUUGUAUAUAAAUUAUAAAUCCUAAUCCUAAAUUCAUUAGUCAUAUUAAUAUAUUACAAUAUAUUUGGUCAUAUUAAACUUUGUAAAAAAAAAAAAAAACUUUCUAUAAUUAGUGCCAUAAUAACAUGGAUGUUCAUUUCUUUAAAAAUUUUUGUAAUAAAUGACAAAUUGUAUUUAAACUUAUUAAUGUUAUGCCAAGUGCAAUACUUUUCAAUUUUGUGGUGAUUAUCAUAUUAAAAUACAAUAUUACAAAUAUGAAAUAAGUAAUAACUCAAUUAUAAUAUAUUUAUAUUUUAUAUACAUAGUGGUUGUAUCAAUAAAGUUCAUAUGUAUAC